UAAUGAUGGAAAUUGUUUUGAUAAAACAUGAACUUGCAUGUGUGCUAAAAUUUAGCAUUACAAGCACUGAAUUUUUAAUCAGUUUUUUGUUUUCUUUAGAUUUGGGAGAAUGGUUUGUGCUGCCUCGCGUUGGUGCCAAUGGGCGUUGUUAAUUUGUUACCUUGAAAGAGUGGUAUUGUGUCUAAAUCCCGAUGAUCCUAAUGUGUGCAGCCACUGGGAAAGUUAUGCUGUCACAGUUCAGGAAUCGUAUGCCCAUCCAUUUGACCAGGUCUACUAUACUAGAUGCACGGAUAUUCUUAAUUGGUUUAAAUGCACCAGACACAGAAUAAGCUACAAAACAGCUUAUCGUAGAGGUCUAAGAACAAUGUAUAGAAGGAGAUCACAAUGCUGCCCUGGAUACUAUGAAAGUGAAGAUUUUUGUGUCCCAUUGUGCACAGAAGAAUGCAUGCAUGGAAAGUGUGUUUCCCCAGACACCUGUCAGUGUGAACCUGGCUGGGGAGGAACAGACUGCUCGAGUGGCUGUGACAGUGAACACUGGGGACCACACUGCAGUAACCGCUGCCAAUGUCAGAAUAAAGCCUUGUGUAAUCCCAUCACUGGAGCUUGUGUCUGUGCUGAUGGAUAUGAGGGAUGGCGCUGUGAAGAGCCCUGUGACCAAGGAACGUAUGGCAAAGGAUGUCAGUAUAACUGUCAAUGCCAAAAUACAGCUACUUGUGAUCAUGAAACUGGAGAAUGCCACUGUCCUCCUGGUUACACGGGGGCCUUCUGUGAAGAACGAUGCCCGCCUGGCAGCCAUGGAGCUCAGUGUGAGUCACGGUGCCCGUGUCAGAAUGGUGGGAAAUGUCAUCACAUUACUGGAGAGUGCUCCUGUCCAGCUGGAUGGAUGGGGUCAGUAUGUGCACAACCUUGUCCUUUUGGUAAAUUUGGGAUCAAUUGUACCCAGGAGUGCCCUUGCCAUAAUGGAGGGCAUUGUGACCAUGUGACGGGCAAAUGCCAUUGUAUAGCUGGAUAUGCAGGUGACAGGUGUCAGGAGGAGUGUCCUAUCGGCAGUUACGGCUUGCAGUGUGCCCAAAGGUGUGAGUGCCAGAAUGGAGCUGAAUGUUAUCAUGUUAAUGGAGCUUGUCUUUGCAAGCCAGGAUUUACUGGUGAUCGUUGCCAAGACAGAAUGUGUCCAGAUGGGCUGUAUGGACUAAAGUGCAAUAAACAGUGUCCUUGCAAUGGCAAACAUACCCAAAGCUGCCAUCCAUUGUCUGGUGAAUGUUCCUGCAGAGCAGGCUGGACUGGGCAGGACUGCAAUGAGAUGUGUCCCCCUGGCUUUCAUGGAGAGGGCUGCCAGCAAAUCUGUGUCUGUCAGAAUGGAGCUAAUUGUGAUGGUGUCACUGGCAAAUGUGCCUGUGCUCCAGGAUAUAAGGGGGAAGAUUGCUCCUCUUCGUGCUCUCCUGGUAAAUUUGCGUCCAAUUGUUCAUCCACUUGUAACUGCAAACAUGGUGCAACUUGUUCUCCUAUUGAUGGUACCUGUAUUUGUAAAGAAGGAUGGCAGGGAGUGGACUGCUCCAUUUCUUGUUCCAGUGGUACAUGGGGACUUAAGUGCAAUAAUAGUUGCCACUGUGCCAAUGGAGCAGAUUGUAAUCCAGAAAAUGGCUCGUGCACAUGUUCUUCAGGCUGGAGUGGCAAACAUUGCAACCUGCCAUGCCCAGAUGGAACCUACGGUUUAGACUGCAGUGAACAUUGCGACUGCUGUCAUGCAGAUGGUUGUGAUCCAGUCACUGGAUUCUGUCACUGUGUGUCAGGCUGGACUGGGAUUCACUGUGAUAAUAUAUGUGUGCAGGGACGUUGGGGUUCAAAUUGCUCCAAUUCCUGUAACUGUGACAAUGGGGGUACGUGCUCACCCGAGGAUGGAACUUGUGAGUGUGCGCCUGGAUAUCGAGGAGCUACAUGCCAGAGGAUCUGUUCGCCUGGAUUUUAUGGCCAUCAUUGCAAGCAAGCUUGUCCCCAGUGUGUGCACAGUAAUGGACCUUGUCAUCACGUCACAGGCCACUGUGAGUGCUUAUCGGGCUUUACGGGUCCCCUCUGCGACCAAGUCUGCGCAAGUGGAAGGUUUGGCAAGAGCUGCUCUGGCACUUGCUUCUGCUCAAACAAUGGCACUUGCAACCCUAUUGAUGGUUCCUGUCAGUGCUACCCAGGCUGGAUUGGAAGAGAUUGUGCUCAGACUUGCCAAUCAAGCUACUGGGGCCCCAACUGCAUCCACACAUGUAAUUGCCAUAACGGAGCAGUGUGCAAUGCUUAUGAUGGAGAGUGUCGAUGUACACAGGGCUGGACUGGCAUGUAUUGCACGCAGAGAUGUCCAGUGGGAUUUUUUGGAAAAGAUUGCAUCCAACUCUGCAAGUGCCAGAAUGGAGCAGAUUGUGAUCACGAGACAGGAGGAUGCAAGUGUCGAACGGGAUUCUUCGGGAAAUAUUGUGAACAGAAAUGUCCUCCUGGUACAUUUGGCUAUAGCUGUCAACAAUUGUGCAAGUGUUUGAAUAAUGCCACCUGCGAUCACGUGACUGGGACUUGCUAUUGCACACCUGGAUUCAAAGGCAUCCGCUGUGACCAAGCUGCCCUGUUAAUGGAUGAACUGAACCCCUAUACAAGAAUUAGUCCAGCUCUAGCAUCAGACAGACACUCUGUUGGAGCCAUUACUGGGAUCAUUCUUCUUCUCCUGAUUAUAGUAAUGCUGCUGACUCUCUUCAUAUGGUACAAAUGGAAGCAAAAGGAGAAAGGGCAUGGCAUGCCCAGUGUAUCCUACACACCUGCCAUGCGGAUGACUAAUCAAGAUUAUUCCCUCUCUGAUCCAUCUCAGAGUACCAGCACCCUUCACUGUUUCACCAACCCUAGUUACCACACACUCUCCCAAUGUGGCCGACUCACUCGUAUUAUCAAUAACUCAGAUGGAAGCUGUCACAUUAAGACAAAAAAACAGCUUUUCUCAAGUCUCAAGAGUGUAGAGCUUUCUGGGCAUGAAGGCUGUAGACAAGAUGUCAACAACUCAUUGCAUCCUGAAUGGCGAAACUACAGUAACUUGAAUGAUUUAGACUAUGUGAAGGGUUCGGUCUGCAGUUCCAGCACAUGUUCACUAAACAGCAGUGAAAACCCUUACGCCACCAUUAAAGACCCACCAGUGCUGACCUGCAAACAUUCUGAGAGCAGUUACGUAGAGAUGAAGUCCCCUGUCCAUAGAGACCUUCCCUACCCAGAGACCGAAACCACCAAAAACAGAAACAUCUACGAAGUCGAGCCAACUAUAAGCGUGGUCCAAGGUGGGCAGGCAUUUGCCCCAAGCUGCAACCAGAACCCGUAUGACCUGCCGAAGAACAGCCACAUCCCAAGUCACUAUGACCUGCUCCCAGUGAGGCUUAGCCCAGUACACAUCCCUGGGGACAAACCACACCAGCCGAUUAAAGAAUGAUCCACACAUCAGCCUGUUGCUCACGAGAAAUGGCAGAGAAGACAAUCUUUUUGCCCUAAAAUAUGCUGAAACUCAAAGAUAACUUGAAAAUAAACUUUGAUACUGAGCCUAAUGUGGACAUUGCAUACUGGCAACCUGUCAGCCUCAUGGGAUUUUCUGUAUGGUAUUUAAGACAAAGUAUUUAAUUUAAUCAAAUGAGAAGGUGUAAGUCCAGACUCAGAAAUUAACUUUUUCUGAAAUAAAAGUUUGCCGGCACUGCCAAGCUCAACUACAGUGCCCUCCAUAAUGUUUGGGACAAAGACUCAUCAUUUAUUUAUUUGUCUCUGUACUCCACAAUUUGAGAUUUGGAAUAGAAAAAUAUCACAUGUGGUUAAAGUGCACAUUGUCAGAUUUUAAAAAAGGCCAUUUUUAUACAUUUUGAUUUCACCAUGUAGAAAUUACAGCAGUGUUUACACAUAGUCCCCCAUUUCAGGGCACCACAAUGUUUGGGACACAGUAAUGUCAUGU